GGAAGAGUACGUGGAGUCUUCGUUAAUGUGGGCGUUGCUAUUUGUGGUUUGUGGGUGGUCGUCGUGGUUGCUGUUGUCCAGUGCAGAGGAGGAGGAGGAGGAGGAGGAGUCGCCGCUGUCAAUCGAAGUCUACACCCUCUCCCUCUGUCCUUCCAUCGAGCACCCACGAGUUCUCAAUCUGGACGUCGCGGCGGCGGCACCCUCGGCGGGGGGUGCCUCGCCAUCUUGUGGCGGCCCCGGAACCGCCGCAAGCAGUGGAUUCCGCCGGAGGAGAGCGUGAAAGACCUGAUCAAGACCAAGCCUCGGAGCCCCUCCGACCUCGUACGCCUGACGCGGGAGCUCCUGAGAUACAUCGACCGCGACGGAGACUUGCGGGAUGCCAAACGGGAGGAGAAGGGGAAUGAAGGCUGGCCAUUGACAAAUUCAGAUGCGAUGACAGAACUAUCUAGCAGCAUCAGGGAGGUGAAAAUUGUGCUUUAUGGCAACAGGGAUUCAGAGCCAACUGCUGAAGGUUGCGCACAAGUAACUCAGGAAUUCUUUAGGGAAAACACCCUACGCCUGCUAAUUGUUUGUCUUCCAAAGUUAAGCCUAGAAGCUCGCAAUGAUGCUACCCAAAUUGUAGCUAAUUUGCAAAGGCAGCAGGUCCAGUCAAGAUUAAUUGCAUCUGAUUAUUUGGAAGCUAACAAAGAUCUCUUGGACCUCUUAAUUUCUGGGUAUGAAGACAUAAAUAUGGCUUUACAUUAUGGACUAAUGCUCAGAGAAUGUAUUCGGCACCAGAGUAUAGCAAGGUACGUUCUAGAGUUCGAUAAAAUGAAGAAGUUCUUUGAUUAUAUUGAGAUUCCAAAUUUUGACAUAUCAUCAGAUGCCUACUUAACUUUUAAGGAGCUCAUGACAAGGCACAAAUCAACUGUUGCAGAAUAUCUCUCGAAAAAUUUUGAAUGGUUUUUUGCAGAAUACAACACAAGGCUCUUAUCAUCCUCCAAUUACAUCAUAAGAAGACAAUCUGUUAAGCUUCUAGGUGAUAUGUUACUCGAUCAAUCAAACACUGCAAUUAUGGUGCGUUAUGUUAGUUCAAAGGAUAAUCUUAUGAUCCUAAUGAAUCUCCUAAGGGAAUCAAGUCAGAAUAUUCAAAUAGAAGCAUUCCGUGUAUUUAAGCUUUUUGUCGUCAAUCAAAAGAAGCCUCCUGAAAUAAGAACUAUACUGAUCACAAAUCAGAACAAGCUUCUUCGUUUGCUCCAACAAAUCAAGUUAGAUAAAGAAGAUGAGCAAUUUGAAGGAGACAAAGCCCAGGCUACGAGAGAGAUAGAAGCCCUCAAGUGAGAGAACACCUAAUUGGGAACAUUAUAUGCUAUAUCAUUUUGGGUUCUCAAGUUUUUAUAGAAUGUUGGAAGAGUUGGUCCUGCAAUAUUAACCGGCUUAGUCAGCAAGAACUUUGAAAGUUGGGCCAAAACUCUUAGGUUCCCCUUUAUAAUAAAAUAUAUCUAUAGUUUAUCACUGGUUCUAAUCUCCAGCUUCACAAGAAAAAUAUAACAGUCCCAAGGCAUCUUGUAUACUGUAUUGUCUCUCUAAAAAGUACAAACCAAAGGAAUAUGUUCCUAGAUUUUCAGAGGUGUUAGCUCGCUUUUGACUAUUAAUUUGUUUCCUGGGGUUAGAUUUCAUUAACUUAGUCAAAUUAGUCUAUUAAUGUCAUGCUUGAGAGAAUGGUUGAUGACAUUCUCAGAGGUGUUCUUACAAAUAUUUUUAAGAACUGUCACUUAAGUUGGAAUUGUAUCCUCUGUUUUACUAUGCUGGUCAACGUCUACGUAAACAAUCUCUUCUCUCUCUUGUUUUUUGGGUGAUAAAAUUAAUUUCUUAGUUGAAUAAAAAAAAUAAUGUCGAAAAUAAUUAAUUAAG